CUAAAACACAACCUUCACAUCUGUCUACAUGUCCAUUCCAUGUUAUGCUUGAGAUGGAACCAGUUGGAUCGUCCCCCGCUAUUUAUGUAAGAGUGGGAUCAGACCCACUCCCAUAUGCAUCACCACGACAACCAUCUCUCUCUCUAGCAUUCAUGGCAUCAUCCCUUGUGAACAAACUCUCCCUCGCCUUCCUCCUCUUCGUUGCCUCCUCUUCGCUCGGCGUCCAUGCCAGAGCCAGUCAAUUCUUCAUGAAGACCACACGCCCCGAGGACCCCAAUGAAGCCCCGACGAUUCCUCCAGUAGUCCAAGGCCUCAUGAGUGGUAGUGGCCAUGGCCUCUAUGGCCAUGGCCAGGAGCAAUUCGCCCCAACCACCACAACCAACUACAACAAUAACAACUACUACAACAACAAUGCCCGUCCCAAUGCCAAUACCUUCCCCUCGAGCUUCCCCGACGCCGAGCUCACCCGCGAAAGCUACGACAAUAAUGGUGGAGACAGCCACGACAACCAUUUCAACAACGCCAACAACAGUCCGUCAAAGUUCUCCAACGAGGAGUUGGAUUCCAGAAGCUAUGAGACCAAAGAGUACAACAACUACGUAGGCAGCAAGCAAUACGGCAUGAGCGACACAAGAUUCUUAGAGAACGGGAGGUACUUCUACGAUGUUAAUGCCGAGACAAACUGGAAGUAUGGGAGGUACCCAACAAGGGGAAAUCCUCAAGCUGGUGCAAGGGCUGGUAACUACGGAAAUGGAGUAUAUGGGAAUGGAAAUGCUUACGAGUACAACAAUGCAAUGGAAUACCAAAACAACCAGAUGAACCAGGAGUCUCGAGAGGAAUAUGUUCCAUGAGAGAUCAUUUAAGAGUUAGUCGGAUGGAGUAGUGAUGGUACAACAUUGAAGCAAGAUGAACGUUAUUAUGAUGUGUAUGUUAUGUUUUCUGAUGUUUGUAUGGGAUUGCUAUUGAUGCGUAGAGUCCUCAUUCUGCAUCCAUAUAUGAUGAUGCCGGAGAAUGUCUUCCCAUUUCCUCUUAUACCAUAAAGCUAUUGAAGUCAUGAUUGUAGUCUUCCUCGAAUUUGCAACCUCACUUAGUGUCAUCUGUUUCAACUUUUCUA